AUGAACGUACUAGCCAAUAACCCCGAAAAUAAUACUCUUGUUCCCCAACAAAAACUCAAGCCAGAUGAAGACCGCAAAGACUAUCUAUCUAACUACUACCAAGAGAAUAAGGCUAAGUUAAAUACUCGGAAGAAAGAACUGCGACGCUUAGCCAAAGAAAAAAUAAAACCUGUUGAGACAAGCGAACCCAAAUUUGUUGAGACAAAAGAAAAUGUUGAGACAGUUGAGACAGAUUUAUUAGUUGAGACAAAAAAAGAACCGGAAAUAAUUGUUGAGACAACAAGAGACAAUGUUGAGACAUUAAAGGUUAGCCGUGUUGAGACAUUUGUCAAACUUCCUAAUGUUGAGACACAGAAGAAAGAAAUUCAACCCGCUUCUAGCCAAAAACAACAAAUUCCGGUAAAAGAUGAAGCGGGAAAAGUUUUGUAUGAAGUUGGGGAAAAACCUAUAAUUAACCUAAUUAAACAAAAUGAACGUACUAAAAAAGGCGAGGAAAAAGAAACCCUUAACUAUUCUUCCCACCCAACAACUAGUCCAGCAAGUUUGAGACUACGCUCUAGCUCGUCCCAAAAAGAAAGGAGAACGGAAGAAAGAAAUCUUAGAAUCGAGGCUAUUGCUUUUAAUCUUAGUCUAGUUCACCCUGAACCAGAAUAUAAGCAUUUAUAUUUAUUACGAGGAAAAGGGAAAUUGCGUAUUCCGGCUCGCACUGAAUUAGCUCCUCAUACUUUACGGAGAUGUUUUGCCACCUAUAAUACCUUAGCCGGUAUGCCCCUCAAUAUUUUACAACGAAUAUUAGGACACAGUAAAAUUUCUACUACGGCUUUGUAUAUUAAGGAUAGUGAUUUAAGUAAUUUGGACCUAUCUCUCUUUGUGCGAGCAGUAGCAAAUGGUCUAUUAAACAAAGACGAAGAUAAUGGCAAUCCUUUUAAUUACAAAUUUGUCCAGUUAGAAAUUAACCAAGAUUUACUUGACCACUUAUGCCAGAUUGUGGCUGAGAGUUUUCAAGAGGCCCAAUCAUUAGGAUGCGUACCAAAUCACCGAGAAGUUAAAGAGGAAAGGUUGUUGAUUGAAAUGGCUACCGCUGAGAAUGAGGAAACGGCUCAAGAAUUAAUUAAAGAAAAAAUUGUCCACGAAAUAGUGUUAUAA